CGGAUGAUGAGAACUCAUCUUCUUCUUAUUUACCUCUAACAGCUUCAACCUAAUCUACCACCAAGACCUAACCUGCGAAAUUUACUUCAGAAGUAAAUGUGUUUGUCAACAGUGAAUACUGUACCCAUCACCAAUCUUUCGCUCAGAAUCCUCCGCUACUUGUGUUCCCGGCGAGUCUUAAAUAACAACAGAAGACCUUCUUUUCCAUUACUAUCCACCCAUUCCCUAUCCGGCCUUCGUCCUGCUCUACCUCCUGGAGGCCAAAACAGCCAUGACCGAAACCUCACUGUUUGAAAAAUGUCCCAGCACUUUGGAAGAGUGGACUGAGGCUGCCGUAAAGGGUGGUUUUCUCGCAGUCUCUCCUAAAGACUACACAGACCACAAACACGGCUCAGAAAUCAACCAGCCGCAGUUCAUCAUCCUACGAACUCUCGUGCAAUGUUCCGGGCCUGACGCCUUCGAUCCAGCUCUCUUCGACCUCGAAAACGAUAUCGAAAAAGCUCGGCGCCUCCUGCAAGACUGGGACAUGUUUAAGCACUAUAUUGACGCCAUCAAAGCCAAUUCUCGUAAGGCAGAUGGUGACUUCUCUGCGGCUCGUUACAACCAGGUUCAAGUUCUGGAGGCUCAUAAGGGACUAGUGCAACCUCGUGAUGAGGAACUUGAAAAGCCACCCGUCAGAUACUCCGCUAUUAUUCUCCUCAUAUGUAUAUGCGGUAUUUCUCCAAACGAGGACAGCAGUCGAUGGUGUACUCCUAGUCGGAUCGAUCUCGUGGCCAAGUUUGGAAGCGGCAAGGGUAGCGGGUUUAUCGCAGGUACUGAUGGCCAGAUGCAAGACAAGUCUCAUUCAUUAUGGAUAAAGGCCCCGAUAAAGAGCACCAGCAAUGAACGCCAUGUUUAUGGACCCGCUAUUUAUAUGCAAGAGGCGGCCCUACUUAUCGCUUGGAUGAAGGAAUACCCCGGAUAUCCCGAUCCGAAGCGGUACGUGGUUUUGUUUUGCCUUAUCAUGCCGCAGGGUAGGGUGGGAUCAAAAUGCUAACAAUGACAGACGCAUUCUUAUCUCCCAAAAUGGAAUCGAAUUCUAUCUGACUUUUGCUUUGUGCGGCGACGACUGGAUGACAUCGUAUGUGGAGGAGGGUAACACGGAGGUCACUGACAGCAGUUUCAUGACCAUGCAUACUGGCUAUUAGCUUCUGAGCUUCCUUGCUGUCUUGUCCUCUUCUUUUCCUUUUCUUAUGUUAUCUAUGCCAUAGCCGAGGCCUUUUAACUUCAAAUGUGUUGAGUUUCAAUGAGCCCUCCCCGCUAUUGGAAGAUAAGCGUACUGACGAAAUGCAACUCAGUGUCC